GUUUUAUUUUGAAAGGCGGCGGUGAUUUACCGGAAGUUGUAAUGCUUUAGUCGCCGUUCAUUGGCUUCUGGAGGAGCUUUCGUCACCGUGAGUCAAAAUGCGAUCGUUUUUACCCGCUGUGGCCGAACAACUUUUUCGAGAUAUCCAGCAAACAUAUCACGAAACAUCUCGAAUUCCUGAUGACCUGUUGAUUGCGUUGAAGUUUGUCUUCGGCUCCUGCGCGUUACCGGCCUUGGACCUCGUUGACCACCGUUCCGUCACCUGUCUAUCUUCCCCGAGUGGUCGCAAGGCUUUCCAGGUGCUGGGAGGCUCGGGACGCCUGUACGUGUGCCUCCUGUCCUGUCACUACUGCCCGUGCCCGGCGUUCAGUUACACCGUUCUGCGGAGAACCGAAGGCCUCUUGUGCAAACACAUCCUGGCCGUCUACCUGAGCCGGGCGAUGGCUGUGACUCUGCAGGAGAGUGUGUCUGAUCAGCAGAUGUCCGUGCUGCUCAGCGGGACUGCAGCUCCGUGACACCCCCCCCACCCCCCACCCCACCCUCAUCAAAGCAAGCUGGGCUCUGGUUUUCUCCACAGGCGACCCGAGCAUGGGAGCUCUGCCGCAUGUUCCUGCACGUUCUUCCAAAAGGCUGCAAUGUUGUUGUUUUUUUUAAAUAAAUAUUACUGAUGUUAA